AUGAAGGAUAAGUCUGAUGUAAGGGCUUUGAGGGAAGAUCAUGCAAGUGAGCACAUUCCCAAGUCUGUGGCGAGGUUCGCAAAAUUGGCUCAGAAUAUGCUGUUUGUGAAGCUGGCUCGUACUUCGUACAAUAACGUGGAGAUACUUAUUGAAGACAAAAGAAAUUGUGUAUCAAGUAGAUUGCUUAAGUUUAUAUGUCUUGUUCGUGUGCGGUAG